UGUAAAGAAAAUGGAGACUUCAAAUCAAGGAAAGUCUGAUCAAGAGAAGAAGAGUGUUGAAUCUGGUCCAACUCCAGUGGAUAUCAAGACAAUCAUUGUGGCAGGUUCAGAGACCAUAGUGGUCACAGAAAGUAUAGAAGACUUAACACGUUCCAUUCAAGGAGUUAUAGAGCCUUCAGCAGACAAAGUUGAGGAGGUGAAAGAAGAUGGUGAGAAAGUGGAAGAGAUGGAAGUAGAUAAAGAGAAGUCUGAAGAAGGACAGAAUGAGGAGUCUCAGGCAGCAGAUCAAGAGAAAGAAGAGGAACAGGAAGCAGAGGAGGAGGAGAUGGAGGAGGAGGAAGAAGAAGACGAUGGUGGGGAGUGGAGACCAUCUCAGUCGGAUGAUCCUCCACCAGCUAAACGUCGUCGAGGAAGAGGUCCCAGUAGAAGAGCAUUAGCAAUGAUACAAGAUGACGAUGAGGAUUACAAAGGAUCUAAAAGAAAGAGGAAGAUUCUUCUCAAUAUGAAACAAGCUAUACAGGUGCUGAAGCUUACUCCGAAGCGAAAGGUGCAUCCUGACUCUGGAAUGGCGGAAGUCAAUCGUGCAGCAGAUAAAAUAGAUGCUGAAGCUUUGUUGAAGUCUUCAGAGGAGAUUGCACAAGCUGAAAAUAAUGAAGAAGCACAAGCUGGACAAGAAGCCGCAGGUGAAGGAACAGAAGAAGAAAAACAGGAAGAAAGCCAGGCUGGAGAGGCAGAGAACCAGACAACAGAGGAAGGGGACCAGAAAACAGAGGAGGCAGAAGUAAAAGUGAAAGAAGAGAAGCUGCCCUUGAAGGUUGUGGUGGAGUCGAUUCCUUCUGAUGAAGAGAGGGAAUUAUCUGAGGCUGAUUAUCUUGAUGUGGCAGAGAUUGAGAAGAUGGUGGACUUGACAUCAUCAGACUGUGCUAUUUGUGGAAUGCGUUUUAAGGAUCCCAAAUACAUGAGGAAGCAUCUGAUCACUCAUUCUGGUCAGAAGAAUUAUGGCUGUAAUGUCUGUAAAAGAAAGUACAUGAGGCGGUAUGACCUUCACCAACAUCUCAUCAGAAUGCAUGGGUGGAUCAAACUGGGGCGGGGCCAGGUGGUGGAGUCUGUGGAUGAUAACUAUGAACCAGUGUUAACACCUAAAACUGACUCUAAAAUGUUUGAUCCUUCUGAGGAAAUCCAGAACGAGGAGAGUCAAGACAGUACAUUGACAGGGGACGUGUUGGAGGAGGGGGAAGUCCGCGACAUAGGCAUGAAGACGGAAUCCCUUGACAGCGUGAGCCCGGACAACGUCAUCUACGACAAUCGACACAAACAGUUCGGAGAGCACAAUUGUCCACACUGUACCUUCACCUGCCAGACUAUCCUUGACCUAGAUAUACACCUGGAGGCCGAUCAUUACAUGCAUGACCCAUUUCCAUGUAAGUUCUGCCCAACUCGGUUCGACAAGUAUACUAAGCUUCAGAGACAUGUGUCAGCUGCACACCCUGAGAAGAGGUAUGGUUGUAGUGUGUGCGGGAAGCUGUUUAAGUAUUACUACACGAUGAAGGAACAUGAGAAGAUUCAUACAGAUGAGAAGGCAUGGCUCUGCGAUUUCUGUGGGAAGGGAUUUUCUCUACAGAAAUAUCUGAUAAAGCACAGGGAGAGGCAUGAUGCCAUUCCUGUAGACGAGAGUGGAAGUCACAAGUGUAAAUACUGUGACAAGAGCUUUACAGAGGUCAAGCUGUACCAGAUCCACAUGAGGACUCACACAGAGGUGCCAGACAGGAUCCACCAGUGUAGCAUGUGUCCUAAGCGGUUCUUUAAGAUCACCCACCUAAAGCGCCACAUCAUGACCCACACCAAGGUCAGGAUGUACAAGUGUGAGGUCUGUCCAAGGUCGUACAAGGACAAGGACACCCUGAGGAAGCAUGUAAAGUUCUGUCACCCGCCUGAGGGGGAUGAAGUUGAGGAAUUCCAGUGUGAGCACUGUGAUAGGAAGUUCUACAAUAAAGGGCACCUAAAGAGACACAUGGUCAAACACACAGGAGAGAGGCCGUUUGUGUGUCCACAUUGUCAGAAAGGAUUCGGGGAGAAGAAGAGUUUGGAGAAUCACAUCAGAAUACACACAGGUGAGCGUCCAUACGAAUGUCAGGAUUGUGGAAAACGCUUCAUUCAGCUGUCACAUCUCAGACGUCAUAAAUAUCUCCACACUCAGAUUCGUAAUGAGGUUUGUAAGGAAUGUGGGAAGCGUUUCUUUGAGAAGGCUGACCUACAGAAACACAGUCGAGUCCACAGUAAAGAGAGACCGUUCAAGUGUGACCUGUGUCCUAUGUCAUUCACCCAGCAGAACAUCCUCAAGUGUCACCGGCGACGACAUACAGGGGAAAAACCUUAUGUCUGCGACAUCUGUGAUCGGGCAUUCACUCAGAUGGGAGCUAUGCAGUGUCACCGUCGUCUCCACACAGGAGAGCGGCCCUAUAAGUGUAAAUACUGUGGUCUGGGCUUUGUCAGUAAGGAGAGGAUGAAGUUCCACACAUACUCCCACACUGGGCAGAACCCCCACAUCUGUCACAUCUGUGGCAAAGGAUUCCGCCUUAAGUUCAAGCUUCAGAGUCACCUGGACAAUCAUGAUGGUAUCUACAGACAUCAGUGUGACUACUGCAGUAAGGGGUUCUUAGAGAAAGCCAAGCUUAACCGACACAUCAAACAGAUACACAUGCAGGAGCCGGUCAGGACCAAGAUUGUGUCACUUGAUGGUCCAAACAUUCAGACCAUUGAGGAGGAUGGUGUAAUCACAGUUAUCCACACCCCAGCCUCCAGCGUUAGUGAGAACAACAUCGUACAGUACAUCCCCGUCUCCACCGCCGACAAUCCCCAGGAAGGGGUCACGGAGGAAGUGGUCGAGACUCAUGUCACGAUUCCAUUCGAGAUUAACAGCGAGGGUCAACCAAGCGAGACAAAUUCAGCCGUGUCCACGAUCCAGUUUGAGGCUGACGGAGAGGCAGCCCAGGCUACAGCAGCUAAUCUGGCGGCACUGUAUUCAGGGGAGGCCACUCAUAUUACCAUGCCGUCAGACAGUAUCAUUUACCAGGGGGACGAGAAUGGGGAAGAGGUUGUGUAUGUGGUUAUACCAGAGGAUAAUCAAACUGUCAUACUGUCAUAGGGGGAGGUGUUAUUGUAGUAAGGGGUGAACUAAUAUUAUGAUCAAUGAAAUAUGAAUCAUACAAAUUUUUAAUGGGGAAAGUGUAGGCAUUUUUUAACAAUAAGAGAAUUCAUUAUCAUAAGACAUGAACUUUAUAUUGUCAAAAAUGUGGCCUAUAUCAGUGUCAGAAAUAAAUUGGUUGUAUCUGGAUUUAUGUAAGUUAUAUUGCAUAAAAUAUGUUGACAUGGGAUUUUAAUUAUUAAACAUGCACUUAAAUAUUUUAAAAACAAUUAGGAUUAAAAACUGAAGCUGAGCAAUUAUGUCAAUGUAUUGCAUAUGUAAAACCAAUUUUUAGUGUAUCUCCAUUUUGAUAAAGUAUCAAUACUGUACAUCCUUUUGUGACCUGAUCA